CUGGAGGGGCGUGGUCACCUACUCGUCCAGGUGUUUUCUUUAUAUGUAAGCAUAAUGGUAAUAUUGAUAUAUGGGACCUAAUGGACAGGUCUCAUGUUCCUUCACUGGCUCAAAACAUUUCCUCUCUACCUCUCAGUUAUAUUGUACCAUGGCCACUAUCAAAUAGACAGUUAAUGUUAGCAGCAGGUGAUAGUGCUGGUACAUUACACAUAUUAGAAAUACCAUGGAGUCUAAGUCAUGCAUCAAGCAAUGAAUUACUAAUAAUGGAGUCAUUCUUUGAUCGAGAGGUUAAGAGGUUGGAUUUUGUUAGUGAGAGAAACAGAAUGAGAGAAAUAGAAAAGAAAGCACUUGAUGAGAAGAAAGCUUCAGCUCAUGAUGAUGAAGAAGAAGACAAGAAGAAUGAACUUCAAAAAGAUGAUGAAGAAAAAUAUGAACUGGAGUAUAGAGAUUAUCUAAAGUUGGAACAAUCAUUAUUGAUUGAACUAGGACUGAGACAACCAGCAGAUGAAAACUGAGAGAGUGUGGCAUAGAGUGGAGAGAUCAUGGUUUAUAGUCUAAUGAGUUUGAUUUCAUGAUUGUUAAAAUGUCCACAC